AUGUCGGCGGUUACCAGGAUUUUGUCAGAAGGUGAAACUGAUAGAAUCAGUGGUGCUGGCGAAGGCAGUCCAGUGGUCGAAUACUGGCUCGUGACGGACUAUUUGGCCUUCGGUUCUGUGUAUGAUUACAUUCACGACAGGGAGCUCUCCUGGGGUCAGAUGCUGUGGAUCGCGAUGGGAAUGGCUCGUGGACUCAGUUACUUACACACAGAACUUCCCCGCACCGUCUCCCAGUACCCCAAACCGAGCAUAGCCCAUAGAGACUUUAAGUCUCGCAACGUUCUUCUCAAACCUGAUCUCACCCCAUGCAUCAGCGAUCUAGGGCUGGCUACUCGCCUGGAAACUGGUCGUGGCUUCGGCGAUGCCCAUUUGCAGGUUGGCACAGCGCGAUACAUGGCUCCGGAGGUUUUGGAUGGAGCCAUACAGUUCACAAGGGAUGCAUUUCUUCGAAUCGACGUUUAUGCACUAGGUUUGGUAAUUUGGGAGUUGAUGACUCGAGCCCACGGCCCUAGCGACAUCCCACCCGACGAGAACGCCCCACCUCGUUUGCCGCCCUACAUGGCACCCUUUGAGGCCGAGGUGGGGCCUAUCCCCACCAUGGACAAACUACAGCACUAUGUUGCGAAACUCAAGAAUCGUCCCCGGGCCCGCCCGUGGUGGGAAAAAGAUCAGGUGAGUGAGUGCUACUAG